AUGGGGAGGGAAAGGAGGUGAAGCAAAGGAAGAAGACUGCCCCUUUCCAAUAAUUUUUUUAAAAAAGAAGAUUUGCAGCGAAGAGGACGUAUAUCCGAGAUGCUGAUCGAAGGAUUCCUGCUUUUCGCCCUCUUGGUCUUCGCUUUCCAAUUUCUACAGUUGCAAAGGGCAAAGGGUCGUUUUCCCCCUGGCCCGUUUCCUCUUCCCAUCUUUGGCAAUUUAUGGCUGCUGAAUUUUGCUCUGAAACGAGAGACGUUGGUGAAGUUAACAAGCAUCUAUGGGAACAUCUACACCAUUUGGCUGGGGACAACACCGGUGGUUGUGCUGAAUGGCUACAAGGCAGUGAAAGAAGGACUCGUCACUUACUCAGAGGAGACUUCUGGAAGGCCAUUGAUGCCUUUGUUUAUGGAGCUGAAGGGUGAGAAAGGUCUGUAG